UGUCGCUCAUCCGGCUCUGCGUUUCGCUUUAAAUACACAACAAACCCGGAAAAGGCAGUACAUCUGCUGGCUAAACUCAAAAACUUUACGUAGGCCUACAGUGCUGCGCGGUGCAGACAUGUAAACGAAAUUACAAACAACGUCGGAAAAUAUGGGGUCGAACGUUUUGAGCGUGUGAAUUAAAGUGAUAUCGAUAUUAACCGCUCUGGGAGAUGCCGUAUUUGGACAGGCAGAAUCGUAUCUGUGGUUUUCUAGAUAUAGAAGAAAAUGAAAAUAGUGACAAAUUCUACCGCCGAUACUUCAUAUUGGAUACAAGCAGCAACUUCCUCUACUGGUACAUGGACAAUCCGCAGAACUUACCCAAGGGAGCAGAAUGUGUGGGGAGUGUAAGACUGAGCUAUAUCUCCAAGGUCAGUGAAGCAGCAGCCAAACAGAAACCUAAAGCUGAGUUCUGCUUUGUAAUCAACGCACUGUCCAGGCGUUACUUUUUACAAGCAAAUGAUGCCGUUGAUCUGAAGGAAUGGGUUAUUGCCCUCAAUAAGGCCACCAAAAUCACAGUUCCUAAGGUACUUAAAGCAUCCCAGAGUUCAGAUACCACCAAAGUAGCAGGCAAGGGCCAGUCUGCAGCACCACAGGCCUACAAAGCUGAGAUAGUUGGAGGGGUGGUGGUACACACUCCAAUUACACAGAAUGAAAGUGAUGAUGGGAGCAGUGAUCGAUUGGGGGGUGAAGGUACUUAUGUGGGUCUGAGGAGAUUGCCGAAUUCCCGCCCCAACAUUAUGAGAUGUGGCUACUGUGUCAAACAAGGCAAUGUGAGGAAGAGCUGGAAAAGAAGAUUCUUCAUACUAGAUGAUCAAGCUGUGAGCUACUUUAAACAUGAAACGGAUAAAGAACCCCUGCGAAGUAUCCGCUUAAUGGAUAUAACAAAGGUUCAUGAAUGUCUUGUGAAAUCCGGGGAACUUCUCAUGCGGGACAACCUCUUUGAGAUCAUCACCACAGCAAGGACCUUUUACAUUCAGACAAAUACUCCUGAAGACAUGCAUGGAUGGAUCAAAGAUAUUGGAGUGAAAAUUCAAGACUUCAGAGGUCCAGUUAAGGAACCCUUUUUUCCGCGUCCUAGUAUCCGCUGUAGUCAGGCACCUCCCAUUGCAGGAAAGAGUAAACCAUCUCUGGUCAAGUCGUGCUCUGUCACUUCAUCGUGGCAGCCUUGGACGCCUGUGCCAGCAUGUCCGGGGCUGAGCAAGGAAAAGGAGGAGUCAGGAAAAGAGCGAGAGAAUGAGAGAGACAGCCCUUUCGUGUCUCUGCCGUCUCUCCUCACCCAGCCCUCAGAGGCCCAGCCCCGGCAACGCCACUGCUCCCAGCCACAGCCAUCGUCCAAGAGGGACUUUCCUUUCCACAUGGACACUGGUGCCCGUACCACUGAUGUCUAGCUCCACCCCUGAUGCUUUGUAUUUCUCCCAUACAGCAGAUUUUAAAUAUCGACUCACUCACCCCAGAAAUGUAGUGUUUGCUAAUGCCUAAAUGAAUGAAUCAGUAUUUGCUCUCUGGCUUAUUCUCUCUCCUUAAAGUUAGGAGAUUGGUUGUCAAGUUCAGGCAUCUCAGAUGGUCCAGUGGUUCACCCACUCACCUCUGUUUACACAUGGGUACUAACACAAUGAUACAAAAGCAUGCAUGCAUAGUUUAAGGCACAAGUUUUACACAUCAUGUAUGCAUUAUGCAAAAUGUGAUGGAAUAGUUACAGAAAUGUUUUUAGUAAUGCAGGACAUUCUAUGUAACACAACCCAGGUGAGGAAAAAGACAUAUAGCCUUAUAGUAUUAUGAAGGUACACAUGACCACUCUCCUCAAUAAUGUGAGAAUAAGUCAUUGUAAAUGGUUUAAUGUUAACCAUAUUUUGUAUUUCAUAUUUUGGUCAGGUACAUGGAUAAGAGAAUGUGAAGGAGCUUUUGUUGACAAUCAUAAUUAACCUACAUGUCUGUAUCAAAUAUGUUUUGGUGUUUGAGUUGGUUUUGUUAUUUGUUGUUUGUGUAGUUUUUUUUGUUAUAGCUGCUUGACUUAGAUUGUCGUUACAAAACUGUUAUAUUUUAUAUCUUUUUAGUCAGUAAUUGUCAGUUUGAGUUAUUUCUCUAGGUGGCGAUUAAAUACAGUAAAACAAAGGCGGUUGACUGAUUUUAGAAAUAAUUUUAUAUUGCAUCAUAUGUUUGAUUUUAAAAAUGUCCUACAUGGCCGAGAGAAUUGUUUGAAUAUGAAAGAAUGCUUAAAUUGUACCUAAUAAUUGUAGCUUGCACUCUGUGGUACGAUGGAAAAAAGUGUAAAUUAAAUAAAUGCCUAUUUGCA